AUGUCUACCAACACAGCUUUAGAAACGUUUGUGAACAACGUUCAAACUUAUUCAAUACAAGGCAACUUCAGCCAACUGGCAUCGUUGGUCACAAAAGAGGGUGAAGUACUCAGUAAGAAUCUACCACUACUGGACAAUGUGUUGGCCACAUUCAAUGUCCAAGAACAUUCUAUAGGCUGUCUGGCUAUUUUGUUAGCCAAAUUUUCAGCCAGCCCAUUAGUUGAGUUCGACACAUUGUUCGCGUUGUCGUCAGAUUUCAUUAAAAACUGUAAUUCAGAGCAAGUUCGCUACACCAGUGGUUUAUUUGCAGAAUUGUGCCACAAGUUACUCGAUGCUCUGAUUGAACGGAAACAAACAAUCAAAGGAAUUGCGGUAUUUGCACGGGCCAUUGAGAAGAUCAGAGUGAAUCCUAACCAGCUGACAUCCAUUCAUGCUGACUUGUGUCAGGCCUGCCUGCUAUCGAAGUGCAUGAAACCUGCUCUGCCAUAUUUAGAUUGUGACAUUCACUCUAUCAGCAAGGAGUUUGGUCAAUUUAAUGUGAAGCACUUCUUGCUCUACUACUAUUAUGGUGGGAUGAUAUACGCGGCUGUGAAGAAUUUCAAGAGAGCCUCGUUCUUUUUCGAAAAUGCAAUCACAGCACCUAGCCUAGCACUGAGUCACAUAAUGUUAGAAGCCUACAAAAAGUUCAUUCUGGUUUCUCUCAUUGAAUAUGGCAAGUUACCAACACUCCCUCGGUACACAUCCCACGUCUCAACACGCUACAUUAAGCCACUGUGCCAGCCCUAUGUAGAUCUGUCAAAUAGCUUCCAGACACCCAACCAAGAUCUCAAUGUCCUCAUCAUGAAGCAUACUGAUGUUUAUCUGAGGGACCAAAACAUGGGCCUAGUGAAGCAGUGUGUGAGAUCAAACUACAAGAGAAACAUACAAUGUUUAACAAAGACGUUCAUGACCUUGUCCUUCAGUGACAUGGCCAACAGGGUUCAGCUAGGUUCAGCUUCGACAGCUGAGAAUUAUAUCUUAAAUAUGAUUGAAGAUAAGGAGAUCUAUGCCACGAUCAACCAGAAGGACGGGAUGGUCAGUUUCCAUGACAACCCGGAUAAGUACAACAACAGCAAGAUGAUUGAUCAUCUGAGGGAACAGAUAAUGAAAUGUAUCACACUGGACAAUCAGUUGAGAGAUAUGGAUGAAGAAAUAUUAUUGACACCUCAGUACAUACAAAAGGUUGCAGGCACAUACGACGAAGAUAACACAAGCGGGUCCGGUAUAAAACUGGCCCAACUUAUGUGAUCUGAUGUAGUCUAUAGAUGAUAAACCAACUUCUAGUUGAUUGAUUGAUUGGUUGAUUGAUUAAUUGAUUGACUGGUUGAAUGUAUGAUUAAUUAAAUGAAUGAUUGAUUUGAAUGAUUAAUUAAAUGAAUGAUUGAUUGAUUUUUAUUUAUGAAUGAAUUUCUGUUUUUUAUUUCUGUAUCGUUUUUCUCCCGUGUUAAUUAUAAUCUAAAAAUAGUCUU